UUUUUCUCCUUUUUUUGUUUUUGGAAGUCUUUCCCCAGAUUUCGAUUUUGGUUUUGUUUUUUUUUGUUUUUCUCUGAAUUGAGAUCUUUUAUCCAGUGUGAAUUCUUAAUUCAAGCGGGCAGGGAGAAAUUAUGGCUCAAGCGUUGGAUUUGCAGAGCUUUAUUCUUCGUGCUCGAGUUCUUAAGCUUUACCGACAAGCGUUGAAGAUAGCUCAGAGAGCUCCUGUUCAUGUCAGAGGGGAGUUGAAGCAGACUGUUAGGGAAGAGAUGGAAAAGAACAGAGACUGCAACGACAAACAGAAGAUUCGAUAUCUGAUUAGUGAAGGUUUAGAGAGAGUUAAAGGACUUGAUGAGAUGUUGGAUAUGCAAGGCCAUUAGCCAUUAGCAUUGGUAUAAGAUGAUGCUCCUUUGUAGCUUCUUCUUUAAUUGAAGGUGAUGAUGCGAUGCUAGAUUCUUCAAGUAUACAUUCUGGUCAUCUUUGUGUUUAUGCUCUUUCUUGCAUGUCUUCUUCAUCUCUAUAGAUUGAUAUUUUUUUUAACAAAUUUAGUUGGAGACAAUUCGAUGUUGCUUGUUGAAAAUCUAUAGAGAUCAAGUAGAUACGAAAGAGAGAGUUUUAGUUUAAACACAAAGCAUUGCAUCACCUUCACCUUCAGUUAAUUGUUCAUUUGUAUCUACACAUCAUAUGUUUGACAUAAUUUUAGUCGUUUUGUGUGUGUUCUUCAACCUGCUUCAAUCUUUAGAACCAUGUAUGUGGAUUGACUUGGCAAGUAUCCAUAUCCCUCUACUGUAUUUAUUAUUUAAAAGUUGUAUUCCAGCUUCUUCUUCAUCUU